AUUACAUCAGCGUUUAUAAUUCAUAAAUAUCACAAGCACUCGAUGGGUGAGCAUAUUGGGACAAAAGACGGAGAACAGUACCCACUGCUAAAGAUAGACAGUGGAGGAAGCGAUGGAAGCAAUCGAGGUCUACCAGCGCCCCCUUGUAUUAUCACGUCUGGCUGCCAUACAACUCGUACGCCAAAGCAAUCUUGGAUGGAUCGUUGGCCCGAAUUAAUUUCGGCUUGCUGGAUAACAUUUAUUUUAAUUGGAAUAUCAUUUCUUGCCUUUUAUACCCUGGGCUUAAAUGCAUACCGAAGACAGCCAUUAAUCAUAAAUAAAUGUAAUGCAUCGAAACUGACCAGUACCGUCACCUACCAUCAUAUAGUACCACGUGGAAGUUACGUCUCAUUUCUCGUAUAUUCAGACUAUAUUUCAAGCAUAGCACAACAAUAUCCUUUACUUCACAUUAAUGUAUUAUUUCUAAUGGAUGAUUCGUCGCAAACACCAAUUCAAGGCUCGAGGCAUACGAGAUUGUAUAAUAAGCUAAUUCAAUCUACUAAUAAUAUAUUGGAUAAUUUCGACCAAAAUAAUAAAGAGAUUAGAAUAAUCCAGAAAAAGUAUCCGAAUGUAAAUGUUACGAUUAUGCCUCUAAGCAAAUAUAUGGCUUCAACUCCUCAUAGGUAUAAGUGGAGAACGAUCCCAAUGAACUUCCUUAACUUUUACGUGAGAGUAUUCACAGUGUGGCAAUAUGGUGGCGUAGCGAUGGACCUCAGCACUUACAAUGACAUUUUUAACAUGCACCACCAUCCAGACAGAAGAAUAUCUGCAAUAUUAAGACAGCACAAUGACGGAAUUGAAAGUGAAAAGUACGUCAAUGCGUUGAAGAAAAUUAACGAAGAAGAGCAAAAAGAAUUUUUCGCUAUGUUUAAUUUGUUGAUCCAUCAUGUUUUGAACGAAACGUGUUCGUUUUUCAAUCGGUCUUUAUGGUAUAAUAAUGAAGCAGUACCUGGUUUAUCCCUCAACAAACACGCAAUUCGUUCUCAGAGAAAUAAACGUGAUAGUCGAGUCACAUAUGAAGGUGAAAUGGAUUUGUCCAACAUUGCACUUGACAUUUCAACGACUGUGAAAUCGAGUACCACUGAACUCGAAGAAAAUGUAACAAACGCUUUUAACUCUAUCAGUAAUAUUAAUGCCAAUGAUACGGCAACUCCCACUUUUACUACUAGCACUGAACCUACCAGUGAAACAUACAAUACUGAGCAAUCCACUAAUUUUGAUAAUAUUACUAAGCAAUCCGUUACAGGUAUAGACAAAGUCAAUUUUACCAAUACUCAUGGUGAAAUAUUGCCAAAUAUAAUAUUGUACGAUAUAUUAAUACUAACAGAUAGUAAUCCAAACAUGCCGUUCCAGUCAGAUUUUACUAAUCUACCGAAGCCAAUCAAUCAGUUUGAAAUAAAUGAAAUUGUAACAGAAAAUUUAAACAUAUACGACCAUCAAUUAACUUUACCAGUUCUAGUUAUUAGCACGGAUGGUACUUUUGUGGCAGCACCAACAAGACGCCAUCCAAUGCUAGCAUAUUUACUUUCGUUCGGAUGUGAAAGGGUUAGCCCAAUUUUGGCCAUAAAUAGAGCUAUGAUGUCCCAGUGUACAGGAAUAUUCAAAAACGAUAUGCAUUGUGAUAACAUUUAUGUUCUGUGAAUUUUAAACGUAUGUUUUUAUAUUUUAUAAUGUUCUUAUCUAAGUUUAUUAGUAAUUGUACAAUAGUGUUUUUGUCAAAAUUAUUAUAUAGUUACAAUUGUAUUUGGAAAUAUGUUAAAUAAAGCGUUAUAAACAAAUU